AUGACCCGACCCGUUUUCAACAUCCAACAACAAAAUAGACCGUUCCAAUUCCUCAAUAGACACUCAAUCGCUGGCUUCUCGUGUGCUCCAAUAUCAACUGGAUGUAUUAUAUUAACGGUUGAUUAUAUUAGUUCUUAUGUUGUAGCUAUUAGCACUUGUUCUCCUGGGGCAAAUGAAUGGACAACUGUUAAUUACGAAAACCGCCCAGAAUUUUUCGGGAGCAUAUGGAAUAAGCUUGUCUUUUGUAAUGGAUUAUUUUAUUGUUUGAGCCUCACAGGUUGGCUAGGGGUGUUUGAUCCAGUUGAAUGUACUUGGAGUGUUCUGGAAGUACAUCCACCAAAAUGCCUAGUGGAGGGUUUUAUUGCCAAAAACUGGUCAACAGAGCACGAAGGGAAUAUAUUUCUAGUUAAUGUAUGUUGCGGUGAUGACCCGACUGUAUUCAAGUUAGAUCAGACGCAAAAGGAAUGGAAAGAGGUGACAACGCUAAAUGGAGUGACACUUUUUGCUAGUUUUAUGUCAUCUCAUUCUAGGACUUACGUCACUGGAUUAAUGAGAAACAGUGUCUAUUUCUCUAAAGUCCGUUCCUAUGGAAAGCGUUGCAUAUCAUUCUCUCUUGAUGACCAUAGAUAUUAUCCCAGUAAGCAGUGUCGUGACUGGGUAGAAUGGGAUGCUUUUGAGAACAUCUGGAUUGAACCACCGAAAGACUUUGCUGGCUGGAACUAAAAAAAAUUAGCAGAGCAACAUUUUGACUCGAGUGCAAGUGCUUUCCUAUUCUCAAUGCACAACGCAGACAUUUCAAGAUUUGGUUAUUUUGUCUGCACAUCUUGAAUUUCAAUAUUAAAAUAAGUAUAAAUCCGGA